CAACGUUGGAGACUUCAAAUCAGGUGGAACUCGCGACGCGAUGAAGCGGCGCCACGACGAAACGUGCGAAAAGUCCAAGGUACCAGCGCAUGGAGAUGAGAGGAAACAGCAGAAGCAAGUUAGGAAUAUGCAGAAGGGAAGCGGUGGCGAUGAGCAACUACGCGUGGGGAACUUCAAAAAGUAUUAUGCAUUUCGCUUGGGUGGCGCGAUCGAAGGAAAGCUAGAAGAAGACUCUCGUCUGACCGCGUUCAAGAAGGAGUGGUUUGAAGGCAAGAAAGCGUUGGACAUCGGGUGCAAUUCCGGCGACAUGACGUUGGAAAUCGCUCGUCGAUUUUCCCCUGCGUUCAUCAUGGGGAUCGAUGCCGACCCUGACUUGAUCACCCAAGCCCGAGCGUCGUUGAAGGAGUACAUUUCAAAGCUCACCGUCGCCGAAGCCUUCCGAGAAGUGACGAGAGAAGAUCCGUCGUCGAACACCGUAGCGUCCAAGGACAUAGAUGCUGACGACGAUGACCUACCGUUGUCCUUCCGCCUCUGGAAACCUCCCACUCACCAUGCCUCCCAUGACCCUUUGCCCAACAUCGGCAGCUUUGCGUCAGGGGUCCGUUUUCCGUACAACGUGGUGUUCAAGCGAGAAAACAUCGUCCUCGACCGUCAUAGUGGCAAAGACUACGAUGUCAUCACCUGCUUGUCCGUGACCAAGUGGGUCCAUCUCUUCCACGGCGACGACGGCCUCAAGCAACUGUUUCACCUUGUGUACGCGCUGCUCAUGCCAGGCGGUCGGUUCAUUCUGGAGCCGCAGAAAUGGAAGUCGUACUACAAUCGAAAACACACCAACGCGACGACACUUGCCAACUACGACCGCAUUGCACUGAGGCCCAAGGACUUCCAAGAGUAUUUGUGCGCGACCGUCGGAUUCACGUCCGUCGAGCUGCUCAAAGUAUGCAGCACGUCCACGCAUGGUUUCAAGCGGCCGAUCUACCUCUACACCAAGUAGUAGUCCAGGACACGAAGCUCGACUCGUCCGCACUACUAUAGCUUGAAUGGAACGAACAAGAACGACGCGACCUACCUGCAUGAGGAUGACUGGUAUUACUGGGAUUACCUAGCGACGCAUUGGGCCCUUCCGCAUGUG